CGUCAUCACUGGAUUCUCGCAGCAGCCGUCGAACGAGGCUUCGACGAAGAAGAGAGAGACUCCAAUCAUGACCGAGCGCUCUUGAAGGCCAAGCGGAAACUGUGGAGGUCGUACGUCACUGAUCGGAACAAGCGUGCUGACCGUCUCCGCAUUAUGUACCGUGAUCAGUACAUGCAGUGGUGUAUGGAGUCGGCUACAGCUACGCGUCGGACUUUCAUCCGUCCUGAGAUGAUUUUCGAGCCGACUAUUCCGCCGUACCCGAUCGAGAACAUGUCGUUCGUCCCUCGGAGUACAGACUGGUUGUCGGAGGUUCCAACUCUGGAUGACCGGCAGCCUAGGAGAGCUGGCUGGAUGAACGCUGCUCACCAGCAUCCGUACAACACCACGUUCUUCCCGUGCCAGAACAAUGCCGAGUUCUUCUACCCUCGUGGCACGCGUUUUGUCGACACGUAUCGCAGCGUCGUGGUUGAUCCAGCGCUUCAGCCACCUGAGCUCAUUCCAGACUGGCGCACUAUUUUCGACACGCCGUCGGGUACGCCUUUCUAUACUCGGCCUGUUGCUUCUGCUGGUGGCGGUGCCGAAGAUUCUCUGGCUCCUGUUGCUCCGCCGGCUGCUCGACCAUCUCCUCCUUAUGAAGAAGAGAAGGAGAGUGGUGGAUCACCGUCGUUGAGUCUGUUGGCGGACGCGGCCAGGCGUUUGUCCUCCAGUUGA